AGCAAACUUCUCUCGAUAUGCACGAACAGCUGUUCCUCUCAACCUGGAUGCAUUCGCGCUCCUAGUCUUCAAAAUUCCCGCCACAUUUCAGUAGUUGUUCAAAAGUUCGUGGCGUCUGUCCGUGAAAUAACAGGAAUUUAUUAUAUUAACGCCGGCAAAAACACGUACCCCACACAAUGCCGCGGAGGAAGCAACCCCAAAUGAACGGAGCGCCAGCCGCCAAAAUCCCACGUGUACCGUUGACACUUCCGAUCCCUGAACGGCCGAAACGUUCGGCCAAAUUACUGGUCUGCGGCCAAGGGGACAUGGGGCAACUAGGACUUGGCGAAGACAAAAUGGAAAGCAGGUUUCCCACGGCCGUAGCCAGCUUGUCGGACAUUGUGGACUGCUGCGCGGGAGGAAUGCACAGUUUAUGCCUGACACAAACUGGAGAUAUUUACUCGUUCGGGUGCAACGACGAGGGAGCAUUGGGUCGCGAUACGUCCGAGGAUGGUUCCGAGUUUGAACCACGGAAAAUGGACUUGCCCGGCCAGGCUGUGAAAAUCUGCGCGGGAGACUCGCACUCGGCAUGUUUGCUGGAAGAUGGACGUGUGUUCGCCUGCGGUUCAUUCCGUAACUCACACGGAAACAUGGGUCUCACGCUGGAGGGAAAUAAGUGGAGACCUGUUAAUAUCUUGCCAGGAGUCGAGGCGCAUGAUAUAUCGUCCGGUGCUGAUCACUUGGUGAUAUUGGCUUGCAACGGAAAUGUGUUUACGAUUGGAUGUGCCGAACAAGGCCAAUUGGGACGGGUGCCGCUAAGGGAUGCCGGUGGAGAUUCGCGACGAGGGAAAGAUGAACUGCUCAACCCACAAACGAUUCAUGUGAAACACAAGAAGCAGUUCGAUUCGAUUUGGACAACUAUUUAUUGCACCUUUGUCCGGAAAAACAAAGAAGGCGACGUGUACGCAUUUGGACUGAACAACUAUAAUCAGCUAUGCAUGCCGAAGACGGACAUGCCUGUUCCAGUUCCAAAGAAAACGAGCCUGAAGGAUGUGCUGGCCAUUGCUGGUGGUCAGCAUCACACUCUUGUACUGACAUCCGACAACAAAUGCCACUCCAUUGGUCGUCGGGACUACGGUCGUCUAGGAUUAGGCGAACUCAGCGAGGACGUAGCUGAAUUAACAGCAGUCAAAGCGUUACAAGAGAGAGAAGUGGUCCAGAUAUCAUGUGGUGAAGCCCAAUCAUUUGCAGUGACUAAAGACGGUGAAGUCUAUGCGUGGGGCAUGGGAUCAAAUCAGUCAUUGGGAACUGGCAAGGAAGAUGACGAAAUGGUACCAGUACUCCUCAACAGCAAGGAAGUAAAAGGAAAGAAAGUAUUAAAGGUGACCAGCGGCGGACAGCAUUCGUUAUUCUUAGUUGACGGUGAGGAAUUGAAACCUGUAUGUACUUAUAUUUCAAGUACAAAAAAGCAAAGUAUGCGUUGAAUGAAAUACACAACGUUUCAGUUUUCCUACACGAUUUACAAUAUUUGGGGAUGUAUCCUUGACUGUUCUACCUCGUGCACGUUUGUUAUAUAUUUUUUUGUAACUAGGAGUAAAGUGUUUAAUUUAACUAAUGUAACUGUUCUAAGUUUUCUGGAAAUGAAAGAAAUAAAUAAAUGACAUUCGAAAAGA